UUUUAAGAACUUAAUGCAUUGUUUGCAAAACACCAGUAAGAAUCAUUUCUUCAUUUCAACUUGGGGAUUUACAGACAUUUGUCUGCUCAUGCAUAUUAAUGAUGUAAAGAGGAAGGAAGUUAGGCGGGUUUUAAACAGCUUGAUAUCUAUUUAACACUACUUUACCCAGCCCAGAAGACACACACUGUCUUCAAAGACCACAUCCUCCUUUUUCUAAAGUAGACAUGUUUAUUUCAUUUUCAUUUAUUGUCAUUUAACAGAGACCAGAGGAGCAGCUAUGAGUUUAACAGCAGCAGCGAGUGGAUUUGUUGUCUUCCUUCUCUCUGUACAAGUGAUACAGGGUCAGGAUGGCUGGGGAGUGACUUACACCUCUACUCAGAUCUGUGCUGUUAAAGGAUCAACAGUGGAAAUACACUGCAGAUACAGAUACCCAUACUGGUGGAAAGGCAGUGUUACAGUUGAGAAAACAUUAUGGUAUACUAAAAUGAAAAAUGAUGAACCUGUAGAUCUGACAACAGUCUCAGAAUAUUCAGAUCGUGUGCAGUACAGUUAUAAUAACAAGGACUGCACUCUGAGAAUCUCAGACCUGAGAGAGAGCGACUCAGCUGUGUACAAGUUCAGGUUCAUAACAAACCAAGAAGGUGGAAGAUAUACCGGUUCACCUGGAGUCACUUUGUCUGUCACAGCAGGUCUCCAGGUGAUAUCAUAUUCUUACAGGCUGGAGUGUCAGAGCAGUUGUCGUCUACCUAAUAAUCUUUCCUAUGUCUGGUACAAGAAUGGACAGGAAAUUCAGGCAAAAACAUCUUAUUAUUUAUACCCUGUGUAUAAUUCAGACAGCUAUUCCUGUGCUCUUCAAGGAUAUAAGGAUUUCCCCUCUCCUUCAGUGUGUGUCCAAGGUGAAUCCUGCAACAGAGUGACGUACACUGACAGAAGCAUCUGCGCCUCUGAAGGCUCCUCAGUGGACAUUUCCUGCUACAACAGCUACAAUUAUCCUGACAAAUCAACAUUCUGGUUCAGUCGUGAGCGUAAUCAUCAGUGGCAGAAUCCUUCCCAGCCUGAAGACCUUAGUACAGACUCCCAGUAUACAGGUCGUGUUCAUGUUGAAACAGAGAGAGGACGCUCCACUCUGAGAAUCUCUGACCUGAGAGAGAGAGACUCAGCUGAGUAUCACUUCAAGUUCAUAACACCAAGAUUUGAAUGGAGUAGUUUACCUGGAACAACUCUGACUGUCACAGCUCUGCAGGUGCAGGUGAUCAGAGUCUAUAAUUGGUAUUCUACCGAGGCAGAGCUGAAGUGUCACAGCAGCUGCAGUCCAGCUGGUGGUCUCUCCUACGUCUGGUUCAAGAACAGAGAACACAUUACCUCGGUGGAGACAUCUACUUAUACAACCUGGUUUAAUCCCACAGACGUCUUCUCCUGUGCGUUGAAAGGACAUGAGAAGUUCCCCUCUCCUUCAGUGUUGAUACAGAGUCAGGAUGGCUGGGGAGUGACUUACACCUCUACUCCGAUCUGUGCUGUUAAAGGAUCAACAGUGGAAAUACACUGCAGCUACACAUACCCAUCCUGGUGGAAAAGCAGUGUUACUAGAGUUGAGAGAACAUUAUGGUUUACUAAAAUGAAUUAUCAACCUGUAGAUCUGACAACAGACUCAGAAUAUUCAGGUCGUGUGCAGUACAGUUCUAAAGACAAGGACUGCACUCUGAGAAUCUCAGACCUGAGAGAGAGAGACUCAGCUGUGUACAAGUUCAGGUUCACAACAAACCAAGAAGGUGGAAGAUAUAUCAGUUCACCUGGAGUCACUUUGUCUGUCACAGCAGCUCUACAGGUGCAGGUGAUCAGAGUAACAGUCCAGCAGUCUUCUACCGAGGCAGAGCUGAAGUGUCACAGCAGCUGCAGUCCAGCUGGUGGUCUCUCCUACGUCUGGUUCAAGAACAGAGAACACAUUACCUCGGUGGAGACAUCUACUUAUACAACCUGGUUUAAUCCCACAGACGUCUUCUCCUGUGGGUUGAAAGGACAUGAGAAGUUCCCCUCUCCUUCAGUGUUGAUACAGGGUCAGGAUGGCUGGGGAGUGACUUACACCUCUACUCAGAUCUGUGCUGUUAAAGGAUCAACAGUGGAAAUACACUGCAGCUACAGAUCCUGGUGGAAAAGCAGUGUUAGUAGAGUUGAAAGAACAUUAUGGUUUACUAAAAUGAAUUAUUAUCAACCUGUAGAUCUGACAACAGACUCAGAAUAUUCAGGUCGUGUUCAGUACAGUUCUAAUUACAAGGACUGCACUCUGAGAAUCUCAGACUUGAGAGAGAGAGACUCAGCUGUGUACAAGUUCAGGUUCACAACAAACCAAAAAAGUGGAAGAUAUAUCAGUUCACCUGGAGUCACUUUGUCUGUCACAGCUCUGCAGGUGCAGGUGAUCAGAGUAACAGUCCAGCAGUCUUCUACCGAGGCAGAGCUGAAGUGUCACAGCAGCUGCAGUCCAGCUGGUGGUCUCUCCUACGUCUGGUUCAAGAACAGAGAACACAUUACCUCGGUGGAGACAUCUACUUAUACAACCUGGUUUAAUCCCACAGACGUCUUCUCCUGUGCGUUGAAAGGACAUGAGAAGUUCCCCUCUCCUUCAGUGUUGAUACAGGGUCAGUAUGGCUGGGGAGUGACUUACACCUCUACUCAGAUCUGUGCUGUUAAAGGAUCAACAGUGGAAAUACACUGCAGCUACAGAUACCCAUCCAGAUGGAAAGGGAGUGUUACUACACUUGAGAGAACAUUAUGGUUUACUAAAAUGAAUUAUUCUGAACCUGUAGAUCUGAUAACAGACUCAGAAUAUUCAGGUCGUGUGCAGUACAGUUAUAAAAACAAGGACUGCACUCUGAGAAUCUCAGACCUGAGAGAGAGAGACUCAGCUGUGUACAAGUUCAGGUUCACAAGAAACCAAGAAGGUGGAAGAUAUAUCGGUUCACCUGGAGUCACUUUGUCUGUCACAGCUCUGCAGGUGCAGGUGACCAGAGUCCAUCAGACCUAUGCAUGGCUGAAGUGUCACAGCAGCUGCAGUCCAGCUGGUGGUCUCUCCUACGUCUGGUUCAAGAACAGAGAACACAUUACCUCGGUGGAGACAUCUACUUAUACAACCUGGUUUAAUCCCACAGACGUCUUCUCCUGUGGGUUGAAAGGACAUGAGAAGUUCCCCUCUCCUUCAGUGUUGAUACAGGGUCAGGAUGGCUGGGGAGUGACUUACACCUCUACUCAGAUCUGUGCUGUUAAAGGAUCAACAGUGGAAAUACACUGCAGCUACACAUACCCAUACUUGAGGAAAGGCAGUUAUACUAGAGUUGAGAGAACAUUAUGGUUUACUAAAAAGAAUAAUAAUGAACCUGUAGAUCUGACAACAGACUCAGAAUAUUCAGGUCGUGUGCAGUACAGUUCUAAUGACAAGGACUGCACUCUGAGAAUCUCAGACCUGAGAGAGAGAGACUCAGCUGUGUACAAGUUCAGGUUCACAACAAACCAAGAAGGUGGAAGAUAUACCGGUUCACCUGGAGUCACUUUGUCUGUCACAGCUCUGCAGGUGCAGGUGAUCAGAGUAACAGUCCAGCAGUCUUCUACCGAGGCAGAGCUGAAGUGUCACAGCAGCUGCAGUCCAGCUGGUGGUCUCUCCUACGUCUGGUUCAAGAACAGAGAACACAUUACCUCGGUGGAGACAUCUACUUAUACAACCUGGUUUAAUCCCACAGACGUCUUCUCCUGUGGGUUGAAAGGACAUGAGAAGUUCCCCUCUCCUUCAGUGUUGAUACAGGGUCAGGAUGGCUGGGGAGUGACUUACACCUCUACUCCGAUCUGUGCUGUUAAAGGAUCAACAGUGGAAAUACACUGCAGCUACACAUACCCAUCCUGGUGGAAAGGCAGUUAUACUAGAGUUCAGAGAACAUUAUGGUUUACUAAAAUGAAUAAUAAUGAACCUGUAGAUCUGACAACAGACUCAGAAUAUUCAGGUCAUGUGCAGUACAGUUCUAAUAACAAGGACUGCACUCUGAGAAUCUCAGACCUGAGAGAGAGAGACUCAGCUGUGUACAAGUUCAGGUUCAUAACAAACCAAGAAGGUGGAAGAUAUAUCGGUUCACCUGGAGUCACUUUGUCUGUCACAGCUCUGCAGGUGCAGGUGAUCAGAGUAACAGUCCAGCAGUCUUCUACCGAGGCAGAGCUGAAGUGUCACAGCAGCUGCAGUCCAGCUGGUGGUCUCUCCUACGUCUGGUUCAAGAACAGAGAACACAUUACCUCGGUGGAGACAUCUACUUAUACAACCUGGUUUAAUCCCACAGACGUCUUCUCCUGUGGGUUGAAAGGACAUGAGAAGUUCCCCUCUCCUUCAGUGUUGAUACAGGGUCAGGAUGGCUGGGGAGUGACUUACACCUCUACUCAGAUCUGUGCUGUUAAAGGAUCAACAGUGGAAAUACACUGCAGCUACACAUACCCAUCCUGGUGGGAAGGCAGUGAUACUAGAGUUGAGAGAACAUUCUGGUUCACUAAGUUGCAGGAUGAAGAUCCUGUGGAUCUGAGAACAGACUCAAAGUAUUCAGGUCGUGUGCAGUACAGUUGUCAUGAGAAAAUCUGCACUCUGAGAAUCUCAGACCUGAGAGAGAGAGACUCUGCUGAGUACGAGUUCAGGUUCAUAACAAACCAAGAAGGUGGAAGAUAUACCGGUUCACCUGGAGUCACUUUGUCUGUCACAGGUCUCCAGGUACAGAUACGUGGAGUAAAAUCAUGCAUUUCUGAAACCUGUACAUGGGCAGAGUUGAAGUGUCACAGCAGUUGUCUUCUCCCUGAUCGUUCUUCCUACAUCUGGUACAAGAAUGGAGAGAAAAUAAAUAAAGAAACAUCUUCUUAUUCAGACUACUUUUAUCCUCCUGACAGCUAUUCCUGCGCCCUUAAUGCAUAUAAGGAUUCCCCCUCUCCUUCAGUGUGUGGCCACGGACAUUCAUGCAACACAGUGACGUACACUGACAGAAGCGUCUGCGCCUUCAAAGGUUCUUCAGUGGACAUUUCUUGCAUGUACAGCAGUUAUGAAUCUAUCACAUCUAAAUUUUGGUUCAGUCCUGAACGUAGUCAUCAGUGGCAGAAUCCUUCCCAGCCUGAAGACCUUAGUACAGACUCCCAGUAUUCAGGUCGUGUUCAGGUCAUUGAAACAUGGAGAGGACGCUCCACUCUGAGAAUCUCUGACCUGAGAGAGAGAGACUCAGCUGAGUAUCACUUCAAGUUCAUAACACCAAGAUUUGAAUGGAGGAGUAGUUUACCUGGAACAACUCUGACUGUCACAGAUCAAGAUCUGCAGGUGCAGGUGAUCUGGUCUUCGACUGGUCCAAAGCUGAUUUGUCACAGCAGCUGUCUUAUUGACCGCUCUUCCUUCCUUUGGUACAAGAAUGGAACAAUGAUUCAGGGAGAAACAUCUCCUUCUUACGGAGGUCACGUUGAUUCUGCAGACAGCUAUUCCUGUUCUUACCAGAGAUACCGCUCUACUCCAGUGUAUGCUCCGAAGCCUUUCUCUGUGUCGAGGACUCCCCCUGGUGACAUCAUGAAGAAUGAUUCAGUGACUCUGACCUGUAGCAGUGAUGCUAACCCAGAAGCUAAAUACACCUGGUACAAGGGGAACCAAAAACUGCUCAGUGAAGGACCACAGCUUGUCUUUAGCUCCAUCCAGCCCUCUGACUCUGGACGGUAUUACUGUACAGCUCAGAAUGAGCUCGGGAGGAGGACAUCUGAAGCUGUAUUUAUUAAUGUGAAUUAUGCUCCAAAGCUUCCCUCUUUGUCAGUGAGUCCCUCUGCUGAGAUAGUGGAGGGCAGUUCAGUGAAUCUGACCUGUAGCAGUGAUGCUAACCCAGCAGCUACUUAUACCUGGUUCAAGGAGAAUGUAAAGCUCAGACCUCCCACUGAAGGACAACAGCUGGUCCUCACGUCCAUUCAGUCCUCUGACUCUGGACAAUAUACAUGUAGAGCUAGGAACAGCCUGGGGUCUAACACAUCCAAACCCAUUUCUAUUGAAGUGAAAUAUGGUCCAAAUCUUCCCUCUGUGUCAGUGAGUCCCUCUGCUGAGAUAGUGGAGGGCAGUUCAGUGACUCUGACCUGUAGCAGUGAUGCUAACCCAGCAGCUAACUACACCUGGUACAAGGAGAAUGAAGACUCACCAAAAGCAUCAGGACAGAUCUUCACCAUCACUGACUUCAGAGCUGAACACAGUGGGAAUUAUUACUGUGAAGCCCAGAACAGAAGAGGACGUCAGAACUCCACCUUACAUCUGAUUGUUGUAGCAGAUAAAUCAACAAUAACACUGAUGACAAACAGCAUCAGGUUGACUCUGGUGGGGGUUGUGGGGCUGAUUCCUCUGCUGCUUUGUUGUCGCAGGAUGAGGAAGAAGAAAGCUCUGAGCUCCACCACUGAACCAAAUGAACCCAUAGAGACUGUGGAGUUAGACUCUUGUCCUGAGUAUGAUGACAUCUCAGAGACUGCAGCACAGACAGAAGACCCAGAGGAGCAGGAAGACCUGGUGUGAAGGUCAGACAGUGCAGUCAAACCAGAGGGAGACUCACAUGGAGGAAAACAAAAAGAAGUCUUUAACUCCAAACGUUUUCAUUCUCAGUUUUUUAGAAGCAGCAGGUAGCAGAAGAUUAGAGAAGAAUGCAGCUUUAUUUGUACCUGUGCAGGUACAUAACAGAACUGAACUCAGUUCAGGAUUUGACUUGGUAUGCAAAGUGAUAUUUUAUGUAGUUAAUUACUUUUAAGAAAUAUUGUUCACCCUUUCACAUGACACCUUUCCUGGCAGAGAAAGCCAGUAAAGUCCAACUAUUCCACAGCAUGUACAGUAGAUCUUAUAUGGUAUAUUUUUACACAUUGAAAUACAUGAGC